AAUUAAACAUUAUAUUUGAGAAAAUAAAUGAUAGUGAGUGAUAUCAUAAAUUAGUAAGAGUACUAAAAUUAAUGAAAUUUUACAGAUACCCAAAACUGCAAACCUGUCUUGUAGUGCCGCAACACCGGAGUUAAAAAAUAAACAAUGUUGCCACAAAAAAUAGAUAAAGUUAUCCCUGAAAGUUUUUUACCGAAUGAAAUAAUUUUUAAACCUGGUAAAGAUAUAUCAGAAUCGGUUCACAACGGGUCUUAUUGCUCCUGUUCUCCGUGUGAUCUAGUUACUUGCUUUGAAUUAAGAAAUCGAAAGCCUUUUUUAUCUUGCACAUGCAGUAUGUGUCAAAAUCCAGAUACUUGUGCAGUUUCUAAUAAAAAUCUUAGUGACGAACAAUUCAAUUCCAAAAACAUUAACGAUAUAAAGGUACAAAAUGAAAUUGAAGAAAUCGAAACGGAAUUAUGCAGUGAAAUAACGAAAGUUGCAAACACAGCACUCGACAAUCGUGAAUAUACUAAGUUUAGCUGUAAAGACGUUUUGUUAAAGAGAAAUAAAAUAGAUUGGAAUGUGGAAAAUAAAUGUCAUGAUAAAUCUACCACUCGUCAGUAUGUCAACAGCGUUGCCGUUAACUACUUACCAAAUGAAGGUAAAAAUUCUACAGCGGAGUUAACUGCUCAAAUAAUGAAUAUGCCUUACCAAGACUUUAAAGAUUCUCUCUCAAUUGAAAAUUCAAGAAAAAAAUCAUCAUCAAUAGAGAUAAAGAGUUAUCCAUCGAUUGAAAAGUUCCGUAAAAAUUCCUUCUCGCCUCCUAAAUCAUCUUUUGAAUUUAGAGAUAUUAUGAAACCAGAUUUUUUGACCAGAUUAAAAGAAAUCUAUAAUGCGUGUAGUUGUAAAGUUUGCGAAUGCAUUACAGGAACAUCUUUGCUUAUUAGUAAUAACGAGUGCAACUGUAAGCCUUGUGAUUGUGACGAAUGUACUAACAAUAUAAAAAAUCAAAGAAAUGAUAUAAAACAGAUACCUAACGAUGGUUGCCCAUGCGUUAGCUGUGAUAGGAAAGAUUGUCGUGGCGUUGUUAAGAAAACAGACGAAAUAAGUUGUAGCUGCGUGCCAUGUGAUUGCGUGAAAUGCGCUGAAGAUUUUUCUACAUCAUGCGAUUGUGAACCUUGUCAAUGUAUAGAAUGUAAAGCAUUAGGAGAAUCUCUUUUUAAAAACAGAACAGUUAUAGUAGCACCCGCACACGAAAAUAUCCAACAUAAUGUGUGUCAAUGCGAACCUUGUGAUUGUGUAAACUGCACACACAAUUACAGUUCGAUGGCCUCGAGCUUGAGACAUCAAGUAUCGACAGAAAUUAUUUUGAAUAGGCACUGUCGUUGCGAUGGUUGCUCGAAUGACACUUGUCAAUUAAACAGUGAAGAUUGUAGAUGCGAAAUGCAAAGUAAAGUUAUGAAGAAACCUAUCGAAAGGGCAAGUCGUGACUAUGAUAUUCAUAGUACUUUGAUUAGUUGUCAAAAUAGAAAGAGAAAAUUUAAUAACAAAGAUACCAUAGUCACGUUUGCGUUAUGUAAUAAUAAUUGUAACACCAUUUCUUAUAGCAAAGUCAAUGAUUGUUUCUGCUCAAAUUGUGAAUGUCUUGUAUGCAAAGAGAAAGGGAAUCAUAGGGAAGACACUAAACGAAUACAUAGUGAAAUCUUAAAUAGGUACUCUAAGCCAUCUCUUGAUUCUUUUAAAACUUGUAAGUGUUCCCCAUGCGAAUGCCAAAUGUCUCGCAAAAGUAACGAAUAUGCAAAUAAAAGAAAGGAAGAACAUUUGAAAACAUCAUGCGAAUGUAAUAAAUGUGAUUGUUUUGCUUGUAAAGGAAUUUUGAAUAUUAAACAUGAAAAUAUUGUCCGUAAUAAAGUGACUGGAUUAUUGUUCUCAGAAGCGAAUUCUCAUUUUUUACGAAAGGGCAAAAUUUUUAUACCAUCGACGUUUGAAGUUGGCAAAGAAAUCGUAUCUCAACAACAAAGUUCUAUAAAUCUAAGUGAUCAUAAUCUGAAAAGAAAACCAAAACAAAUGUCUUACUUUAAUGUUCCAGCAAAUAAUUCUUCCAGUACAAAUAUAUCAUGUCGCCAAAUUGUUAGAGCUUGUCAUACUGUAUCAAAGCACAGAAUUAGUGAUAAAGUAAUUAGUGAAAAUUCAAAGUUUUCACCAAACGAUAUUCUAUUAAAAGAAUGUUUUCCAACGACUGACGAUUCGAAUCAUAUGGUUGAUGAAAUUAGUGUAUUGAGAAAAGGCACUAAAUUUUCUGAAAGAAAUGCUGAUAAUAACGUAGAUGAUAAACUGUGUGAAAUAUUUAAUGCAAACAAACCAUAUCCUAUAAGAGAUAUGGUAUUAUUAGAUACAAUUAUACAUUUAACGAAAAGUUUAUCAAAAACUAAUGUAUCAUCAAAUGAAUUUGCACCGAAUUCUGAAAAUGUAAUAAAAAAUAAAUAUAGCGAUGACAAAGAUGAAAAAGACUUUUUUGAUAGGAAAGUUCCGUGUAUUCCUCUUACGCCUAAAGAAUCAGCUCAUACAAUUCUUUUGUCUAAUGUGGACGGUGUUGAUGAAAAUUUUGACGAAAAAAACAAUUUUGAAAGAUUAAAUUCAGUUUCAUCGAAAACAUAUAUAAUGUCAUGUGAUAAAAAAUCAUCUUCGUUGGUUAGUAAUAGAAACGUUAUACAUAAUAUGGGCAGUAUAAGUGUAAAAAAUAAUUUGGAAAGUGACUUGAAAGUUACUAAUGAUAAAAUUUAUACUGAUUCUACGCUUUGUGGAACAUUAUUUAAUGAUAAACUAAAUGAGAGUGUUGGUUUAAAGACCAAUACAUUAGAUAAUGAUUUAAAAGUUAAAGAUAUCGGAAUAACUGUAGUCAAAAGCAAGACAAAAUGUAACUCUUAUAAAAGCACUAUUAAAUGUAUAGGUAAAAAAUAUAAUAAAAUGUAUAAUAAAUUAAAUAAAAUUAAGCAAAAUAAAGACACGAUGAAGGAAGGUACAAAAAAUAUCAAAGUUCUUGAGAAUAGAAAAGGUAUUCUAUCUGUUGGAAGCAAUAUUUUUCCUUUAAAUGAUAAAAAUAUAGAAAAUUUAGAACAUUCUGUAACCGAAGGAACAGAUUCGGUUUUGCAAACUACGGUAUCUUCAACGAUGACACCUCACAAUAUUUUCAGUACCAAAGAUGUUUUGCACAAUAUUAUAGAAACGCAAACACAGAAUAUUGAUACAGGCGAUAACAGAGAAGCUUGGUCUAUAAUGAAAAAAAAUUUAUAUCUCAAUGGUUCCUAUGUCACGAAAAUUGAAGAUGUUUGUACAGUACCAUUGAAAGAUUUCCACAAAAAGACGUCUCUAAAGUCAAUUUCCAUGCAAACCUCCGCAUUUCUCAAUAACAUUGGAAGGAGUAGUGGCAAUUAUGCUUUGACUAAAUUAUUGAUCGAAGUCAAUGACUUAUUGAACUCACCGCUAUUAAAAUCAUCACAUUCGAGUAAAAAAUGUGAUGAAUUAGAAGAAAUAUUGAGUCAUCUUUCCAAGAAAAAAUUGGAUUUAGAAUUUAAAACUGCCAGUAGUGAUGCUACGUCCCAAACACUUGCAAAUUUCAGCCCUAUCGAUAAAGAGACGUAUUGUAAUCUCAUUCAAUCAAGGGUAUACCUUCCAAGAAAUACAAAAUUAGUGAUGGAUAAUUUAUUGACCAACACGGCUUAUAAAUCAGACGAAUUAUUUACGAAACCAAAUUUAGUACAAGGAUAUUUACAAAAUAUGCCCAAAAUUAAUUCUUGCCAAAGCAGCUGCCAUGGUUUAAAAGCAACCUUUAUAGGUAUAAGAACUAUAUCCGAUCACACCGUGAUGGUAAAAUGGAGAUUACCGCGCGAAGUCGCUUACGUGCAAGGAUAUGAGUUACAAGUUGACGGUCGACCAGUUCAGAAGAUAUUCAGCCCAACACGAUGUAUGGCUAUCUUGACUUGCUUACCACAUAGCGAGAAAUUACUACUUACCAUCCGUACACUUGCCACUUCUAACUUAACGUCUGAUCACCAACCGGCUACCACUAUUGUCUAUCGUCCUCGUGUAAAAUGUUGAUUGUAUUAGCAGUUAAUUAUAAAUUGAUGCCGUAUAAUUAUGUUCAUGUAUUUUAACGAAAUUUUAAUGAACAAAAUAAAUGAAUAAACAAUUUACAAAAA